UGUCAAGCGGAUUUUCAUCGGAAAACUUGGGAUGAGAAAGAUUGUAAUUAGCGCACUAUUCUAAACAAGAAAACAAAAAUUUGAAUGCCGGGCCUGCCGCCAUAAUCGUGCAACUUGCAGUGCGUUGGAGUAAAUGUGCGAAACAAUAUCACUUACCUGCAACAUACAUGUCGAAAAUACCAAAAGCAGCACUAAGCCUGAAGCAGUUUAUGCUGCGGCAAGAAGUGCUUAAGCUAUACCGGACCAUAUUUCGUACUAUCCGGCAAGUUCCGGAUGCCAGUAACCGACGUGAGCUACGGGAAUGGGCCAGAGCAGACUUUCGCAACAACAAGAACCAAACGGAUGAGCUGGCGAUCAAGAUGCUGCUUCAGCAUGGCAACCGGAAUUUGAAGGAGCUGCAGACCAGUCUCGAGCUCAGCGGGACUGGGCCGGGCAGCAAUUCGGACGCGAAGGUCAGCUAAACAAACUAGCAUCCCACCGGUUUCCGGAGAUUGCGCAACCGUUACUCACUAGUUCAUGUAUAUUGAGAGUUAAUCGUAUAGUUCAAUAAAUUACAAACGUCGGUAUCACCAUCCGUCCGUUA